GCCAAGCCUGAGAAAGACAGCCCUGAAUGAAUCAAAAACAGUCGGGAAAGAGAAGGAGAAGCUUUGUUAGCUGGAACUGGGGAGCGGGGAACACAUCUGCAUUUUUCUGAGGUUACUCUGGCUACUGUUUGAGGUGGAAUUGGGCUACUCCAAGAGGAGUGACAACGGAGAAGGAAGGGACGAUGAUUCUGCAACAAAGGCAAGUUCUCUUUCUCCUUGUUCUCCUGGGUGUGUCUGGGUUGGCCUCAGAGCUGGAGCAGUUUUCGGUUGUGGAGGAGAUGGAGAGAGGCUCCUUUGUGGCCAAUGUGGCAAAGGCCCUGGGCCUGGAGGUGGGGGUGUUUUCCAAUCGGGGAGCUAGAGUCGUUUUCAAAGGGAACAAAGAGUAUUUGCAGCUGCACCCUAAAACCGGGGAUCUGCUCCUGAGGGAAAAACUGGAUCGGGAGGAAUUGUGCGGCCCUGCCGAGCCCUGUGUUCUGCCUUUCCAGAUCUUACUGGAAAACCCCUUUCAGAUUGUUCGGGCUAACCUGAUGGUAGAAGACAUUAAUGAUCAUUCGCCAGUGUUCCUAGACACUGAGAUGGUACUAAAAAUCCCCGAGAACACCUCCCCCGGAACUGUAUUUAUACUAGAAAAUGCGCAAGAUUUAGAUGUAGGAACGAACAGUCUCCACAACUACACGAUCAGUCCCAACUCUCAUUUCCACAUUCAAAUUCGAGGGGACGCAGAGAGCAGGAAAUACCCAGAGCUUGUACUGGAUAAAGUUCUGGAUCGGGAGGAACAGCCUGAAGUUCGAUUGACUCUCACUGCAGUGGAUGGGGGAGCCAUACCAAGGUCUGGGACUGUGCAAAUCCGAAUCCUUGUAGUCGAUAUCAAUGACAAUGCCCCAGUAUUUACUCAGUCCCAGUAUGAGGUUCAGAUCCCUGAGAACAGUUCCAUUGGAUCCCUAGUUGUCACAGUCUCAGCGACAGAUUUAGAUGCAGGAAAUAACGCAGAUAUAUCGUAUACAUUUUUACAUGCCUCUGAAAACAUUCGUAAAACUUUUCAACUAUCAGAGAAAUCUGGGGAACUUUAUUUAAAGGAAGAAGUAGAUUUUGAGUCAAUUCAGUCUUACAUCAUCAGCAUUCAGGCCACAGAUGGUGGAAGCCUUUCUGGGAAGUGUAGUAUUACUGUUCAGGUGAUAGAUCUGAAUGACAAUCCUCCAGAACUGACAAUGUCUUCACUUACCAGCCCCAUACCAGAGAAUUCUCCUGAGACAGUGGUCGCUGUUUUCAGAGUUUCAGAUCUGGACUCUGGGGAAAAUGGAAAGAUGGUUUGCUCCAUCCAAGAUGACCUUCCCUUUGCCCUGAAACCUUCUGUUGAGAACUUCUAUACAUUGGUAACAGAGGGAGCACUGGACAGAGAGAGCAGGGCAGAGUACAACAUCACUAUUACAGUCACAGAUUUGGGAUCCCCCAGGCUCAAAUCUGAGCACAAUAUCACAGUGCUCAUCUCUGAUGUCAAUGACAACCCCCCAGUGUUUACUCAGAGAACCUACAAACUGUAUGUCCAGGAGAACAACAGCCCUGCCCUCCACAUUGGCAGUGUCAGUGCCAGUGACAGGGACUCAGGAAUCAAUGCCAAAGUCACCUACUCCCUACUGCCUCCAGAGACUGGAGACCUGCCCCUCUUCUCCUACAUCUCCAUCAACUCAGACAAUGGUCACCUCUAUGCUCUGAGAUCCCUGGAUUAUGAAGCCAUCCAAGCUUUCCAGUUCACUGUGAGGGCAACUGAUGGAGGCUCCCCAGCCCUGAGCAGCCAGGCUCUGGUUGAGGUUUUGGUACAAGAUGAGAAUGACAACUCUCCCUUUGUGCUGUACCCCCUGCAGAAUGGUACAGCUCCCUGCAAUGACCUGGUGCCCAGAGCUGCAGAGCCAGGUUACCUGGUGACCAAGGUGGUGGCUGUGGAUAGGGACUGGGGACAGAAUUCCUGGCUUUCCUACCAACUGGUCAAGGCCACAGAGCCAGGACUCUUCAGUGUGUGGGCCCACAAUGGGGAAGUUCACACAGCAAGACCCAUCAGUGAGAGAGAUGCCAUCAAGCAGAGGCUCCUGGUGCUGGUGAAGGACAAUGGGCAGCCUCCUCUGUCCACAGCAGCCACGCUGAAUGUGCUCCUGGUGGAUGGCUUUUCUGAGCCCUACCUGCAGCUCCCAGAUGCAACCAAGGAGGAGGUCCAGACUGACUCCCUUACCACCUACCUUGUCAUUUCCCUGGCCUCUGUCUCCUUUCUCUUCCUAGUCUCUGUUAUUAUAUUCAUUGUCAUUCGCCUUUGGAAGAGGAAGAGGAAUGCUAGUGAAGGUAGGCAUUUUGAUCCAAAUGGUCCUUUCCCGAGCUACUUGGUGGAUGUCAGUGGGACAGGGACUUUGUCCCAGAACUACCAGUAUGAGGUGUGUCUGACCAGUGGCUCAGGAACCAAUGAGUUCAAGUUCCUGAAGCCCAUUAAUCCCACCCUUCCUCCUACUCAGGCAACUGGGAAAGACUCUAAUGAGAACCCAAACUUAAGCAAUAGCUUUUGCUUCAAUUAGAUUUGACAUUGUUGUGACAUUGUUGUUGACAUUGCAUUUGGAGACUUGGUUUUUUUUCCCUUCUUAAAUUCUCUUCUUACCCUCCCACUAUUAGGUGCCUGUCUUCUGAUAGCAAGAGAGUAGAUUUUUAUGCUAUUCCAUUGUGUCAUAUUUUUUUUAUUCUCUCCUUUCCUCUCCAUACAAAUAUUUUCCUCUUCUAAAUCUUUUUUUAGUAAAUAUUUCAUUCUCUCCUUCCUUGUUAUAGCUUUGAAUUUUCUCUAUGUUACUAUACUCCCCCAUUGCUUUUUCAAAGGGAAUGAAGCAUCAUAUACUUCCUUUCACAUUUAAAACUUAGGUUUUAAGAAUAUUCCUUACUCAACAAAUUCAGCAAAUGUGUUUUAAGAUACUGUCUUGAUUUUUGCCUAGGUACUCUCCCUCGAAGUUAUCCUAUCCUGUAUCACCUGCAAAGGAAUAUUUUUCAAGAGUUCAUUCUCAUGUUAAUAAAAAUCUACUAUGGUUCUCCUGAAGUUAAAUUUUGAUAUUUGUUUUAACCUUCUGUGAGACUUUCUCCUUUUAUUUCUCUUUUCUUUGGUGAAAACUUUUCAAGGAAAAGCAAUGAUCUUGUAACCUACUAGCUGUGGCCAUAGUACUUUUAAUAAUUGCUCAUUUAUUUUUUUUAAAGCUUAACAUAUUAACUUUGUUAUUGUUUUAAAAUGGCAGAUGAAUUUCCCUGAAAAUACUCUCAAAUUUGGGGUUUCUGAUCCCAGUCCACAAAAUAUUAUAUGUGGAUGAAAGUUAUAAGGAAAAACAAAGAACACUAUGACAUUGAUGAAAAAACUUUUAGGAAUAUACCUUUAUGAAAGUAAGAGAAUUGUAUGAUAAAGUAUUGUGAUAAAAGAGUGUUUGUCAGUUUGCAGAAAAUUGUGAAGGAUGCAGACUGGUCUGACCAUUGAAUUUAUCAAUGGCAUUUUUAAAAUGACCAUCUCUAAUAUUCACACAUCCUUGAGUUGAAUGACAAGAAAUGGUUUGGUUGGUGCCUCUGGUUAUGUGGUGUUGUAAAGUAAUUCUAGAGAGCUACCUUAAGUGUGUGUAUAAUAUUCUUCUCCUGAAAUCUUAUAUAUUGGAUUUUACCCAUCCUUCAAAAGCCUAAGACAUAAAACCAAAUUUAAAUCAAUAUGUCUUUAUUUUCUCUUCUAUUUUUCCCCCAAAAUUCACUCCUUUGAGAAAUAUUUAGGUCAAAGGUGUCACAAUCUUGGCCAAAUGUGUGGUUUCAAAUGCUCAGCUUU